AUCAAACAAAAUCUUCUGAGUCUUGACAAUUAUAAAAGUUUUCUUUAUUAAUUCUUUUGCGCCUUUCUAUAAAUUAGUGUUUUCCUGGAGAUCUAGAGUUAAAAAGGCUUAUCUAAGUUUCAAGAUUAUAAAAAAUUUGUAAGCGAGUUGUUAAGCAUCAUACAGGGUGCUUAGUGAAAGUCUAAAUCUGUGAUAUCUUACUGUAAAGUGGUUCGCUUGAGUCAAAACGAAAGAUCAAUCUUCAAUGGAGAAAGAUAACUCUACCACAAAAAAAAUCAAGAUUGGAAGCUCUAAAAUUCAAGAAAUCGAUGAUGGUAAAUACUGGCCAGUUUCUGAAGAAAAAUCAUAUAUUGAUAUGAUUCUCACAAAGAGCAAUGUCAAGCCCAUAUAUAGUUUGUAUAUACCCAAGAAAAUGAACAAGGAGCUUCCUUCUGCUGGAGCACCUGUUGUCCUUACUUAUGGUAGAAAGGAGUGGAAUAUGUUUUAUGGUGGAGUCAAAUUUAAGCACAAACUUAUUGAGUGGAAAAAGUUUGCAGAUGAUAAUUAUCUGAAGGUGGGAGAUGGACUUCUGUUAGAACUUACUGAAUGCAGUACUAGCAAAAUUCAUUUCAGAGUUCAGAUUCUCAACGGUGAUUUUCCGGCUGAAUUGAUUCCUAAAUAUGAAAAGGGUGCAACCAAUGAAGAGCUAAUAUUAAUUGAUUAAAAACAUUAUCAAUUUCAUAGUGUAGCGUUAGCAAAUUUCAUUUUAUUAGUUUUGUCGUUUGAUUUCUAUAGUUUAUCUUAAAGCUUAUACUUAAGUUUUUCUCUAUGAAAUUCUGUUGAUGAUAUUC